UCAUUUCACUUGAUUUAAGCCAUUUAUCAUUUAUUUGCGUCUUAAACGAUGUGGUUUACUAAACCAUAUUUUACAGUAAAUACAUUAUGUAGUACUGAUUCUGAUUAUGUUGGUGUUUUGUCCAUGUAGUUUCAUCCCGCCCUGCAGGCGGCACUGUGGUGCAUAAUAUGUGCUGCUCAGGUGACCGAGUGAAGAAGAAGUCCGUUACUACGCAACGGCCAUAACGCUCAUGGCUUCCUUGAAACUGUAUUCUAGUUCUGAUCUGUUCCUUAACAUCAUGGUGGUUCACUCUUCAAACAGAAAGCUUCCAGAUCAUUGAUGUAACGAGGCUUCAUAGCUGUUUAUCCAUCAAUGAACACGGGAGCAGGUGUCUGGAGACUCGGACCCAGACGGUAAAGUUUAGCUGACCAAGCUCGACCCCUAUCAGUUUAAUCUUUUGGUUACCUUCACAUCAUCAAUGGCAGAAAGCUGGAAUACAGACACGAGUGAGGCUGUGUACCGAUCGAGGGAUGCUAUCAAAAACCUCAGGAUAUCGGUGCGUGUGGAGAGGGUGACUUCCAGCGUGGUGCUGUCCCAGCAUCUCCAACAGACAGUGCUGUCCCAACAGAACCCAGGGGUCAUUGAGCUGGACACCCUGACCCCGCAGGCCCAAGCUGGAGAUAAUGUGGAAGAGCUUGUGGUGCAUUGGCAGGAGAAGCUUUUCAGCCAGAGUGAGAUGGAUCUCUUCCAAAGCGAGGCAGCAUGCCACAGUCCUCUGGAGAAGCAGUACCACACAGAGGUCAGGGCCCUCCUCCGGACCAAGGGUCGACGCAACCAGAGGGUCUUCACCUACACCGAACACGACCGCUUCACCAGCCUUCAGCAGCUGCACAGUGAAGACUCGGUGACCACAGCCCAGUCGGCCCCCACCUUCCUGGCUGAGAGGAUGUCCACGGUCAGAAACCGACGCCAGGAGAGACGCACCGUAGACUGCAGUGUUCCACCGUCUAAGAUGAUUACCUGGGAGCCCUCGCACGACUUUGUGAAGAGCAGUCAUGUGGUGACCAACGCCAUGACAACCAUGCACAUCAUGGCCGACCUGGGACCUCCGGGCAGGUUGGGCCUCAAGGAGAAUGAGUGUCUUCUGUUCACUGUGAGGACGGACGGGAACGGCGUUGUCCUCCUGAAACCAGACUUUAACAAAGGAAAGGAACCAUACAGGGUCGAGACCAACGGAGAGAAGAAAGAAGUGUGGCGUCUCACCCUGGACAACGUGUCGACGGCAAUGGCGGCGGAGGACAAGGAGAAGGAGCAGCACAUGUACAAAGAUCUAUACUCACGGCACAAAGACUACCUUAACAGCCUGGUUGGACAUGAUUUUGAAAUGCCACCACCAGGAGUCCUCCGUCUCAUGGUGAACGGGGAGAUCGUGUCUGCCCUGGGCUUUGAAUACGACAACCUGUACGUCCACUUCUUCAUGGAGCUGCCAAAUAAUUGGUCCACCUUGCCCUUCCAGCCUCUUUCAGGGGUGACCCAGACCUGCCGAACCAAGACCAUAGGGAAGGAAAGCGUGGCUCUCUUCAGUUACCCUUUCAGUUUCGAGGCGUUCCACCUGAGGGAGAACGAGAGCCAAGAAUCCCUUCCCCAGUGGCCGGUGCUGUACUUCAAGGUGCUGUCGCUGGACUACUGGCAGCGCUACCGGACCGAGGGCUACGGCUACCUGGUGUUCCCCGCCACUCCUGGUAAGCACGUAGUGACGUGCCACACGUGGCGCCCCCUGCAGACGGGCACUGUGUCGGGGCUGAGGCGCUUCUUCAUCGGGGGGUCUCCCGAGCUGGAGGACCACAGCUAUGUCCGGGUCCCGGGAACCUUCAAAGGGGACCGACUGAGUCGAUUUGGAUUCCGUACUGAAACUACAGGAAGUUUAGUCUUCAACCUCCACUGUCUCCAGCACGCCAGGGCAUUCGUUGACGCCAGAGAUCUAAGGAAGAAGAGACAAAGUGUUGUGGACCAGUUGGGGGGCUUCAGCCAGCAAGGAGCCGUCUACAACAUCAUGGAGGCAUUCCAGAGGGCCAGGAGACGCAUGCAGGAGGCCCGGGAGAGCCUACCUGGGGAUCUCAUCAACACCAGCGCCCAGACCCAGUCCAUGAUGUAGACCAUACCCAGGCUGGAGACCACGUAUAGACAACACCCAGGCUGUAGACCACGACGUAGACCAGACCCAGUCCACGACGUAGACCAGACCCAGGCUGUAGACCAGACCCAGGCUGAGUCCACGACGUAGACCAGACCCAGGCUGUAGACCAGACCCAGGCUGAGUCCACGACAUAGACCAGACCCGGGCUGUAGACCAGAACCAGGCUGCCGACCACGACGUAGACUAAACCCAGGCUGUAGACCACGACGUAGACCAGACCCAGGCCACGACGUAGACCAGACUUGGGCUGUAGACUAGACCCAGGCUGAGUCCACGACGUAGACUAGACCCAGGCUGCAGACCACGACAUAGACCAGACCCAGGCCACAACGUAGACCAGACCCACACCCAGUCCAUAACGAAGACCAGACCCAGGCUGUACACCAGACUCCGACACGUAGACCAGACCCAGAGCCAGGCUGAGUCCUGACGCAGACGCUCGCUGUAGCUGUGUAGCAAUGCUUUGUGGAGGUGGAACAGGUUUUGUGUUUGGGACUUUCCAUACUUUGAUAUUUGUGUUUGCGUUGGAUUUGAAGAUUUUUUUGAUUUUAUUCUGGUCAAAUUGAUGAAAAUGUUAAGCCAUUAUAAAAAAAUAGACCUUGACUAGCGUCUGGAGUUUAAAGACUGACAUAUAGCCUUUGUUAGACCUGUCCUGUGAAAUCUGGAACAGGCUUUAGAGACAUUACAGUAUGUAAGUAUUACAGAAACUAUGGGAAACCCUUUUUCACAAAGAUGCUAUCAAUUCCUUGGUCAACUUUCUGUGGUGAUGGGCAUCAAAAAACUUUGUAAAGAUAUAAACAAUUUUAUAAUUCAACUUCAUUUUUACACUAUGUUACUUAUUUGACUUGAUGUAUUCGAAUGUUUCUGAAUAUGUAUUGUGUAUUUGGAUCACUGGAUCUGGUGUGAGUACAUCUAAAUAAAAUAUGUAUAAAUAAAUACAUGAAGGGUAUCUCCUUCCCCUCCCAAAGCGUGGGCUAUCUCUGGUUGAUCAGGGCUUACCGUAGGCCUCUGCUUGACCUCCCAAAGAGUGGGCGAUUUCUGGUUGAUCAGGGCUUACCGUAGGCCUCUGCUUGACCUCCCAAAGAAUGGGCGAUCUCUGGUUCAUCAGGGGCUUACCGUAGGCCUUCCUCCCAAAGCAUGGGCGAUCUCUGGUUCAUCAGGGGCUUACCGUAGGCCUUCCUCCCAAAGCAUGGGCUAUCUCUGGUUCAUCAGUUGCCAUGCUUCCAGUCUGACUGGUACCGGGGGGCUGGGUCGCUUGCCAGCGACUUGGACUAUUUCCACAGAACCCAUACAUGCCUGGUGGUUUCAACCUCAAAUGUCGCCUUUCGUUGUAUAGGCGACUGUAAAAUGACGAUAAAGGCUAUCUUAUCUUAUCAAAUAUAUGUACUAAACGUGUAGGACAGUCGUGUUAAUUUUUGCGGUAUGCUGAACUAUACAAACAUACAGCAUCAUAUAAUUUUUGUCUUUCAACUGUUAACCAAUGUACUAUGCUACAUAUUAGUACAUAGUAGCCAAAUAUGUGGCCGUAAGACAUGUCGGAUGAUGAUAUAUAUAUGUUGAAUGUCUUCAUGUGUUUUAAAAUCAGGAACAGAGUCCCUUUGAGAGAGUGAAUGCUUUGACGUUGCUCUCUUCCUACAACAUCUCUCAUCCUGCAACGACACCUGUGGGACUUGUUUGACAGAAUAAUAACAGUUUGCCCUUUGAUGUGCCUUUUUGUUUGAAUUCUGGUCUGAACUCUGAUCCGUUCAUCAAUUGAUUGCUGCAUUUUGAUAUUCUUUGAUAAACCUUUACCUUUGCUCAA